GCGCUCGACACGAACGGGUCGAAAGGCAAAGUUGAAAUUGAAGAAGGAGCAGCAAAAUCAGUGCGAACAUGGUGGUGAUGAAGCAGCAGAGUGGUCAGGGUAGUGAGGCCUCCGUGGACCCCAGUGGCCGCGUGAACAAAGUGAAAACGCGUACGCCCGAGAACGAGGAGAUCCACGUUUACCUGUCCAAGCUGAAGGAGUUGGUGCCGUACGUGCCCCGAAACCGCAAACUGUCCAAACUCGAGGUCAUCCAUCACGUCAUCGACUACAUCUGCGACCUGCAGAACGCCCUCGACACGCACCACCCCGGCCUCUCCACCGUGGCCGCGGUGGCCGCCGCCAACUCGACGGCCCCCAGCGCCGCCCCCGCCGCCCCCGGCGCGGCAGCCGCCUCCAGACAACCUCUCGGCGUCAUCCCGCCCAACACCUGCACCGAACCCUCCUUGUCCUUAAUGAACCAGACGACGUCGCACAGUGAAAAGGCGUCCUCCUCGGACAACCAGAUGGUCACCUGUUAAACCGCCCCUGGAGAGAAUUAUUUCAGCCCCAUCCCUCUCUCUCAACCGACCUGACCACCUUCAGAGCAUUUAUUAGCGUUUAAGUUGGAGUCGAAACUACUCCCGUUCUCAUUCCACAUCUCUAUAUAUGCGUUUCUGCAUCAGGGACCCAUAUAAAUGUAUUUUUUAUUUGCAUAGACUGCUGCAUGAGUUUAAUAAGUUAUUCGAAGAAUGCCAGUUGAACAGAUUUCAUAUAUUAUACUGCUUUUGGUUUUUCAUCAUGCGAGUGUACAAAAACCGACUAACCAUUCACACACACCUUGUUUACGAGCGAUGAGGAAUUAUUAAUUGUUGCAUCAUUAUUUAUUGUUUAUUGUCUGUGAUGUUUUAGUUUUGUACAUAAUAUCUCGAGUAUAUAAUAUAAUUAUUAUAAAAAUGGCAUUAUUGAUAGUGCAAUCUAAUGUGUAAUUAAUGAACAUAGAUCAAGAGAAGAAAAUUACCGAAGGAAAAAUAAUUGAGAAAUGAAUAGAAAAAAUAAAAACACUGAAAAAAAUUUUAAACAU